AGAAAUGAAACCAAACCGGGGAAUUACAUAACCAAUAUAAACCGGACUAAACCAAGAGUUUAACGCUUAAUAUUUUACUAAUCAUAUUCAUUUCUUCUGUCUGCACCAUGUUUCCAUUCAACACUGAUUUGUUUACUUGUAGCGUAGACUAUUUGAUGAUUUGACUUCGCCGACAAAUAUAAGUCAUCGGAUGAAUAAAUUGACUUAUAAUAAUUUUUAAAAUCCCAAGAAAAUUAACAGUAUUAAAACUAUAGAAAAGACUUUAGACUUUGGUUGCUUUGGUAUUCAUCAAUCCCUCGUGAAUUCUUCACAUCUUCCGCAGAGAUAUCGGCCUUGAACCCAUAAACACAGAUUAGUUAUCCUAAUCAAACCUUAAACAAAAUGCCUUGAAAAGAUUAUCCCGUGCCCUCCACCACUAAGCUCUGUCGUUUUCAGACCAAACCCUCUUCUUCUUUUCUGCUUCCAUGAUUGGAUCGAAGUCAUGGGAGAGAGCGUGCAAAUGAAUCAUCACGUGGUUCAAUCUCCGGGGACACAGAAGAAGAACGCAUUUCUGAGCAUAACUUGCAAGCUGGCGAAGACAUGGGUCACGACAACUAUCGUCGUCUUCGUCUUCUUCAUCAUUAUCAUGGGCGCUUCUCUCUGUUGGAUGGAUAUGCUCGUGGUAAGAGGAGGUAGAAUCCAAGUAAUUCCUUUCGCCACAAGAAACACCACUGAUAUCCCAAAGGCACAACUCAAGAUUCCACUGAACUGCACAGCCAAUCAAACCGUCUCUCAGACAUGCCCAUCAAACUACCCAACAAAGCUGGAACUCUCAGAUCUCGAGGCGGAGUCCUGUCCUGACUACUUCCGGUGGAUCCACCGAGACCUGGACACGUGGCAAAAAACCGGCAUAACGAGAGAGACGUUGGAGAGAGCAAGACCAGUGACACACUUCAGGUUGGUGAUAAAGGGAGGGAAAGUGUACGUGGAACAGUACGACAAGGCGUUUCAGACAAGGGAUGUGUUGACGAUAUGGGGGAUACUACAGCUUUUGAGGUUGUACCCUGGUCUGGUUCCGGAUCUCGAGCUUCUCUUCAUGUGCCACGACAGACCCGCGAUUUGGAAACGCGAUUACGAAGGAGUAAACGCCACGUGGCCUCCACCGCCGCUCUUUCACUACUGCGGUCACAGAGACGCGUUUGACAUCGUCUUCCCUGAUUGGAGCUUCUGGGGUUGGCCGGAACUGAACAUAAAAGCAUGGAACAAGUUAUCAGAAGCCAUAGAAGAAGGGAACAAGAGGGUGAAGUGGAAGGAUAGAGUACCCUAUGCCUAUUGGAAAGGGAACCCUAGAGUGUCUCCUUCAAGGAAAGACCUCAUGCGUUGUAACUUCUCCGACAAGUAUGAUCCCAUGGUUCAUCUUUAUGCCCAGGACUGGGGGAGGGAAAUAGCACAAGGGUUCAAGGAUUCGAAAUUAGAAGAUCAGUGCUCCCACAGGUACAAGAUUUACAUAGAAGGGGUGGCAUGGUCAGUGAGUGAGAAGUACGUCCUAGCAUGUGACAGUACGGCAUUGCUGGUAAAGCCCGAGUUCCACGAUUUCUUCAUCAGAGGCAUGAUGCCAAAACAGCAUUACUGGCCAAUCAGACCCUACGGCAAAUGCGGGGACAUCAAGUUUGCUGUCGAAUGGGGCAACAACAACACCGGGCAAGCGGAGGAUGUAGGAAAAAGAGGAAGCGCAUUCAUACAGAAGAAUCUGGAGAUGAAAUAUGUGUAUGACUACAUGCUGUACGUGCUACAAGGAUAUGCGAAGCUGUUGAAGUUGGAAGUGGAAGUGCCAGAAAACGCAAAAGAAGUGUGUUCGGAGACAAUGGCAUGUCCGGUCAAUGGAGGGGCGCUGAGGGAAUGCAUGGAUGACUCGUUGGUGAUGUCUCCGAGUGAUAAGGCUCCUUGUCUGAUGCCGCCUCCUUACGAGGAAGACGAACUUAAGGUGUUUCUUGAGAGAAAAGAAAGCGCGGAGAGAGAGGUCGAGAACUGGGCGAACGAGUAUUGGGAGACACAGAACAAAGCCUCAACAAAGUAAAAUCUGUACUUAUACUACGUUAACACUUUGAAUAAUAAUUAGUUGAGGACGUUAAAUUAUGAUAAAAUAUUUCUAACUC